AUGCAACGAGUUCAGAAGAUAUUUAAUGAUGUUGCUGUUUAUUUAUCUCAAGUUGAAACAGAACUCAGAAAUCUCAAAAUUUCGCAAGAUGAAAUUAAAGAAAAAUCGCAUAAGAAUGAAGAAAAGGCAGAGUUGUUUAGACAGAUAUUGCAAUCAAUCUUAAAAGAUUUCAAAUUGCUCACUCUUUCAGAAACUAAUGUUAAUCAAGCCGCAAAUUGCGAAAAUGAUGAUAAACUCAUUACAUUCAUGACACAAAAAUGUUCUGAAAUUGAUCCUCUUAUCAGAGAAAAAGUCAUGAGAGAUAAUCAUUUUAUUUCGGAUGAUUUCUUCUUUACAAACGAUGUUGCAAAGAAGAAGAAAGAAAUUCAAUCAAUUGCAGAACAAUCUGGACCAACAUUUGCUAUUCUUACUGCACAAUUUUUGUCCAAUGAAGUUCUUCAAAAUGAAUUAUUGAAAUAUACAACUCUUCAAGAGAAACAUUCUUCAGAAGAUUCCGUUACAGAAGAAGAGAAGAAAGAUAAAAUGGAGCAAAAUAUAAUUGAAAACCAGCAAUUACAACAACAAGUAGAAGACAUCACUAAGCAAUUAAACAACUACAAAUCAAAGGCCAAGAAAUCAUUAAACUCACAAAUGGAACUUCAAAAGGCUGACAUUGAACAGAAAGCGCAGAUCAAACAACUUCAAAUUCAAGUUGAUAAUUUGAAAUCCGAACUUGAUGUAGCAAAUAUGAAGUUACAAGUUGCACAGAAUGAUAUCGAAGCUAAAGAACAUGAAAAAUCAGAGUUGAUUGAACAAUUUAACAAUCAAUUAGCUCAAAACAUCGAAGAAGCUGUUAAAUCUAAGGUAGAAGAGAUUGAACAACUUAAUACUAUUCUCAAACAGACACAAAUUGACAAUGCAUCAGCUAUUCUCCAGAAGAACAAACAAAUCAAGAAGCAAGAAGAGCAAUUUAGACGUGAAAUUGGAAAUCUCCAAGAUCAAAUUGGAGCAAUCGUUCAGAAGACAGAAGAAAAGAGAAAGAAACAAAGAAGAAAUCAGAAAUUACUCGAACAACAGCAUCAAAGUACAAUAAACGAAAUGAAUGCUGGCUUUGAAUUAAUUAAACAGAAUAUGAAUCAAGUCAUUGAACAGCUUAAAGAAAAAGUUCAACAAUCAAACAAUUCCAUAGAAAAGCUUAGUCAGCAACUUAACCAAUGUGAAAAUGAAAACAAAGUAUUAAAGACUGAAAAUGAGAAUUUAGCAAAUUCUCAGAAGAAACUUCAAAGCGAAUUCAACGUAAUGAAGAACCAAAUAGGAAAGGAACGUCAGCAAAUAAGUGGACAACUUGCAGCACAAACUAUGGUAUAUGAAGCUAAGAUACAGAAAGCAGUUAAAGAGGCAAAAGAUAGCGCUGAUAAGAAGAUCAAUGAAUUUCUUGAAUAUUCUUACAGUAAAUUCAACGGAUUUUAUGAUAUCGAUGGCGGAGAAUUUGGAGAAGAAUCAUUCAAGCAGCUUCUAACAAUGAUCAAAAGUGAUCUUGAGAAGCUCAAUUAUUUCCAAAAUGAGGCAACCAAAUUCACACCAAUCAAAUAA